AUAGGAUGUGCCCAUCAGUGUGCCUCCUUACAUUAGGUGUUGCCAUCAGAGUACAACAUUACAUCAUGUAAUGCCAUCACAUCAGGUGUGCCUAUCAGAGUGCUCUUUUAUAUCAGUUGUCCCCAUCAGGGUGCCCCUUUACAUCAGGUAUCCCCAUCACAGUGCUACCUUACAUCAGGUAUUCCCGUCAGCUACCCCUUUCCAUCAUAUUUCCCCAUCAGAAUGCCCCUUUACAUCCUAUUCCCCAUCAGAGUGCCCCUUUCCAUCACAUGUGCCCAUCAGAGUGCCACUUUCCACAGUAUGUGCCCAUUUGUGCCCCCUUAACAUAAUGUAUUCCCAUAAGAGUGUCCCUUAACAUAA